GGCCGGGCGGAGCGUGCGCAGUGUGGAGCGGCUGGUGGCAAUGUCUCAUUGGGCCCCUUGCCUCUCCACUGCUGCCAAAAUCAACCUGCUGAUCUUGGUGGUUUCUGUGGCGUUUCCUUGGUCAAGCCUCAGCGACAGAGUCCCCGAGUUUGCCCUUACAAAAAUAGAAGAGAGUGACAGAAAGGAUGACAGUGGGAAAGAGCCGCUGACAGAAGAUGAUGCUGAUCCUGAAGACCUGGAAGUGUUUUACCCCACACAUCAGUGGCAAACCAUCCAUCCAGGUCAAGCUGUUCCUGCAGGGUCACACGUACGAUUAAAUCUGCAGACAGGAGCCAGAGAAGCCAAGCUCCCAGACAGCAACACUGAAAAUGGUGACACGAGAGAAGGGAAGAGAAGGAAAAGGCUGGGCAAGGUGGAUGUUGAUUCGAGUUCAUUCACAUCCCAGGAGCUCAAAAAAGCUUUGGCUAAAAUGAAGGAGAGUGAAAAGGCAGAAAGAAAGGCCCACGAGGAAGAGGUGAGGAAGAAGUUCCGGCCCAUAGAGCAGCUGAAGGAGGAGUUUGAAAAGCUGAAUGUGAAGAUGGAAACAGAUUAUGAAAUUAUGGUUAAAUUAAUCAGCACAUUCAACAGCUCUGUCUCCACGCUGGAUGAGAAGGUGGCAGCGCUUUAUGAUCUCGAAUAUUAUGUUCACCAGGUGGACAAUGCCAAGGAUUUCCUCUCCAUGGGUGGACUCCAGCUUGUGAUCAAGGGGCUGAACAGCACCGAGGCUGUGCUGAAGGAGCACGCUGCCUUCGUCCUGGGAGCUGCACUGUCCAGCAACCCCAAAGUCCAGAUAGAAGCCAUCGAGGGGGGAGCCCUGCAGAAGCUCCUGGUGAUGCUGGCUACAGAGCAACCUCUGGCUGUCAAGAAGAAGGCUCUCUUCGCGCUGUCCUCCAUGCUGAGACACUUCCCCUACGCCCAGCAGCACUUCCUCAAGCUGGGCGGCCUCCAGGUCCUCAGGAGCCUCUUCAGGCAGAAGGGGAUGGAGACUCUGCAUGUGCGUGUGGUGACUCUGCUCUACGACCUCAUCAUGGAGAAGGCGCUGCUGGAGGCGGCGCAGGACGGGGACCAGCUGGAGGAGAAGCUGCGGCAGUACGGGCGUGUGCGGCUGGCGCCGGCGCUGCUGGAGCAGGACUGGUGCGCCGUGGUGUCGCACAUGCUGCCGGCGGCCGAGCACGACACGCGGGAGAAGGUGCUGCGAGCGCUGGGCGCGCUGCUGGGGCUGUGCCGGCAGCGCUUCCGCGACGACGCGGCCCUCACCGCGGCCUUGCGCCUGCUGCGCCGCGAGUACCGGGCGCUGGCGGCGGCCGAGCGCCGGCACGGAGACCGCCGCGGCUACUUCCACGAGAUGCUGGGCUCCGUCGACAGCCUCCUCCGGGAGCUGAGCUGAGCCCAACAGACUGAGGGAGCGGCGCGGAUCCCACACACGGCUCCGGCAACAGCCCUGUAACCAGCGAGGGAGCGCUGCGAGCGUCCUCGGGGCUGUGGGGAGGGACCAGGGGCCGCUUCUCUGUAGCUGCACCUCACGGUUGUCUGCGGCCCCUCACCUGCCCCCGCCUGAGGUGCCUCUUGAAUAAAGAGCUCAGCUCCA